AUGAUUUUCUUCAAGACCCUCUUCGUCUUUAAUCUCCUGCUAUUAGCAAUAGGGGGGACUCAUUUUGGCAGAGGUGAAAACCCAGUGGUUUUCAAUGGCACUACUAAGACAACCAAGUUGCUUGAGAGAAUAGAGAUCACUGGAAAUCUCUGUCAGAAAAAAUGCACAACUGUCUUCUACAAUGUGAAUAAAACACAUGCAGAUAAAUACUUCUUCAGAAUUGAGAUGAACAGCUUUAAAGCAACGUUCAAAGAGCCAUUUAAUCUGACUGUUGAAGAUACGACAGUGAGUCCACGGAUAUCAGAGUUGUCUGAGGUGUCAGAGGGGACAUCAGUGACUCUGACCUGCACUGCUGCUGCUCCCUGUCCCUCUCAGCCUCCUACCAUCACCUGGUCUCUUCCCACUGGGAACAUAAGCACUCACAUACAGGAUGAGGAGAAUGGCAACAGAUCCCUCACAACUCUACCUCCCCCAGUCUCUCCUGCAGAUGUGGUGGCCUCUGUGAGUCCUUCAGGUCCAGCAGCAGAGGGCAGUAGUGUGACUCUGACCUGUAACAGUGAGGCCAACCCUCCAGUGCAGAACUACACCUGGUUUAGAAAGGACCAGGACACACCUAUAGGAUCUGGACAAACCCUCACCUUCAAUCUCAGCUCCAGUGAUGAAGGACUGUACUACUGCAGGGCAGAACAUCCACAGGGGGGAAAGGACUCUGCUGCUGUGAGACUAGAGAUUAAAGGUAGAUGCUUUAAGAUUGCGUUGUCAGACAGUGACUCUGAAACACCUCUACAAGAUGAGCAGUGCGUCCAACAUAAGGACUCUGGUGUGUGUACAGUUGAGUCUGUCCUCACCAGCGCUUCCAAACCUUCAGAAGACCUACAGGAUCAGAUCCUGUACGGGGAGAUUGAUUUCUCCAAACGCCCCCUCAGGGGCAGCAGUAAGAGGACAGGGCAGAAGCAGGGGCAGGAGCAGGAAUCAGUGUAUGCUGAAGUUCAUCUGUCCGGCACAGACGCCCAGGCCAGGAAUCAGGAAGCACCGGACACCGAGGACCUCUAUGCCCAAGUGAAACGCAAAUAGACAGCCAUUCUUUUCUACUCAUUUCAUUCUCGUAUAAGACAUAUUUGUGAAGUUGUCAUUCCCAUCCCAUCAGUUGUAUUUAUUUAUGUUUGUGCCAGUGUGGCUUCAAUACACCAGAGUUGGUAUUUUUAGCUUGAGAAAAGGUUUAAUUGAGCAUUGAUGAAUGUCGUAAUGUAAAUGUCAAAACACAGAGUCAUCAGUUUAUUCAUUAUUUUAGGCUUAAAAAGGUUGUCCAUAGUGUUUGCAAACUUGUUCAUGUAUUUAAUGUAAUUCAUCAAUCAACUGUAGCUUUCACCUGCAUGUAUUCACAUUGUAUUCUAUUUUUUGGGGCUUUUUAUGCCUUUAAUUGGACAGGACAGUAGAGAGUAUGACAGGAAGCAAGCGGGAGAGAGAGCAGGGGUGGGAUCCGGAAAGGACCACGCAGGCGCCCCAGCCAGUCGCGCCACGGCCUUCACAUUGUAUUCUAUGUACUUCUUGUAUGUCCUCAUAUUGAAAGUAUGAAGUAUAAAACUCCAAUAUCAGAAUAAAGUCUAUGAAUGCCUUUUUGCCAACAG